GCUCAUCUACCAGCAAUUAUCAUCACCUUUUCAAUAAUUUUUCGAUGAAAUUCUAGAUGAAUUCAACUCAUUUAAGAUUGAACCACAGCUUUAAUUGCUGAUAAGCUUUUUUAAACCGACAACGGUCUUCCACAGUCUCCCAAUGUCAAUAAAUAAAUUAUUCAUGUCUUUCAACUGGAAGAACAAAUGUCUUCUAUUAUAAUGCAAUAUAGUUUAUUGAUUCGAAUCACCGUACCAUCUGAUUUCUAUCAAAAAUGUAAUAGACGUAAAUUUUUGUUCUUCCACAAGACAGAAUCGUUUUAUUUAUGGUUGAAAAUGCAAACCGAGAUGUUUCCGGGACACGCGACGUCGCUGAGUUGAACGACGCCUUAUCUGAAUAUUCUUGCAGUCUCCGUUCAACCCUCGAGUCGUCUCCAAUGUGUUCAAGCCACUAAUAUCUCUUCAUCAGUUCCGGACCUACCAAAUACCUCAGCAUUUUUUUUUGUUGCAAAAUGGAAUCGGUCGUGGAUGACGCGAAAUCCGAGGAGUUGAAAAGCUCCUGGCGGACUAAUUUAUUCGGAGUCUACGCCAAAGUGUUCAAGGUCAUGUUGUCAGGGUGGAAGGAAAAGAUAGAGCAUAAUGAGGAAGAAGAUCGUGAGAAGGAGCUCGAGGCCCUGGUUUUACCCAGCAACGAAGAAUGGAGGUAUCAGGUGUAUUAUCGCCUAGUCGAUCUCCAACGGGAAAUCGAUUCAGGACUGGAAACCACGUUGAGACUGGGAGAGGAAGGGGAGACCUUGGAAGAACCGAAAACUGUGAUGUUCAAACAAAUGUCUCUAUCAAAAACCUUUGAAUGGGAGCCCACUGGCACGAGCAUGUCCUUUUGGGAUUCAGCCAGGGAAAGAAGUCUAGAAAAAUUGGAUUCCCUGGAAUCAGGUUCGAUGACAGAGGAAUUCACGGAACCUCGUUGGAGAGUCAGUGACAUACUUUUAACUGCCAAAGUCCUCCAGAAGCGAUUUCUAACACAAGUCAUUAAGUUUUCCGAUGAGGCCGAAAUGAGACGAGUAUUUGGACUGACUUACGACGUCUUGAGAUACAAACAAGUAUUGAAUCAAACUCUGGAAGACUCGGAUUUCUGGAAGAAAUACCGGACCUUCCGGAAUCGCGACCGAAUCGUCUGGUUGUUGCUGUACGACCUGCAGGGCCGUAGGUACUCCAGGAGUCCCCAAGUGGCGAUUCAAGAAGCUAGAGACACUGCAUUCCAAGAAGCUGGGAUUCAAGACAUCGAGGAAGCCCUCGUCGAGAGGAAAACGCGUAUAGCUGCGAGUGUCUCAAGGCUCCGGAUCGGAGGCUCAGCCCUGACGCUGGAGCACCUGCUGCCGAUUCACCUGAGAAACUCGACUGGUGUCUCCUGGACGGACGAAAGCGCGAUUGCCUCAGGGUGGGUGAAUACGCUUAAAAUUCCAAGUAAAUCGGACUUCAUCAAUGAAAUGUCGAAGCUGAACUUGAGGUUAGCAGCAAGCAAUGAAGAUCUUGGUGAGGACAGCUACAUAUUUGAUCCGGUGUGCCCCAAGGUCGUGGAUUUUUUCGAGAAAACUCGGGAGAGGAUCGCUGUAUCGCGACUGGUGGAGACCAAGAGCUUUGUCUUUCUGGAGAGGACUCUCUGUCUUGGAGCUGCUGCACUGGUGCGGGCCAUCAACAAGGGAAAGCUCUGUGGUCCCAUCAUCCUGACUCACCCAGUCGCCCCCAGACACACUGGAUACCUCGCAGGUCUCCUCGUGGACAUUGAAGAGGCCGGAAGACUUCUGGCUUUCGGUGCUGGUCUCCAGCGAGGAGAAUACGAGAAUUAUCUCCAGGAGUUGGGGUUCACUGAGCGCGAGGUACGAAUUUUCGCGGAAAAAUAUUCUGAAGCUCCCGGAUUUUCCGAGAUGGAACGAGCGACAAUUGUCCUAGCCACUCCUCCCUGCAGCUACACGGGUAUACGUGAUAUAGUGGACUUAUCAGUGGCUCGUGGAGGUGAUACUGAACUCCUAGAAUCCCUAACAACAGUAGACGACAAGUCCCAGUUGGAGCAGCCGAAGAGGCUCCUCGCGGAGCAGCUCUCCAGCCUCAAGUACGCCCUGACACGACCAAACGUCCAGCUGUUGAUCUACCAAGUCCACAGUGUUCUUCCCUCCGAGACCACGGAGAUGGUGGAGCAGGUAGUCGAUUACGCCAACAAAAUAGCGACUGACAAGUACACAAAGGAGCACACAAAACGCAAAUCACCAAAAGACACGAGUCCCAAGAGUGCUGGCAGGUCUUCAAGAGCUGGUAAACAAUCAUCCAUCCACCAGGACUCGAAAAGUCGUUCUCACGAGGAAGAGGACGACGAGGAGAUUGCGCUUGUCACCGAUAUUCACGUGCCGGACAGCGACUUGUUCGAGAUCGGCCACACAAAUGAUCUGAAUGUCGAUGAAUCGAGCAUCACCAUCCCGGAGUAUCAGAACGGCUGCUAUUUGGGGGUCGUAAGGAGAAAGGAGAUGAUGCAGUUCAAUUCCCUGUUCAUGAUCAAGGUCGCUGAGUCCCGGGGCCUCUUCGGGGAUCCCAACGCCAAGCCCAAGAGCCCAGAACACCCGGAGCCCCUCAAGGAGGAGCCCAAGAGCCCCGAGGGAGUCAGGAAGAAGAAGAAGAAAGGGAGGAAGACCAUCAGCUUGGGGAGGAUUACAGCACCAACGCACGCCUUCAUCUUGAGGUCCGAUAAUCGUGGCACCAGGAGGCAGUCUGUUGACGAUGCCUCCAGUGGCUUCUCCUGGGGAAGGGACAGACUCUCCUGUCCGAAGUACAGCCAGCGAGUCGCGAAGGACGAGUGUUCCCUCAGUGCUCAAGUGCGUGAGACCAGGCGGAGUGAUGCCAGAAGGUGGUGGGAACAGUCUGCUACGUUUCUCCUUCACGCUGCCCGAUGCAAGUCCUGUAAAUUCAGGAUUUUUCAUACAGACCCCUGGACCCGACGUGUGUUAUAUGCACCGAGGGUGCAGAAGAUCGUCUUCGAUGGGGACACAUAAAGAUUUGGAGAUGGAGUAGGUUUUUUAUUUUUAGAGGGUUGGGUUUUAUGGGCUUUUUUUGCUUCAGAGGAAAUCGAUAAAAUCCGCGGUUUCUGGAAUCUUUGGUGGCCGGAAUCGAAUCGCGUGACGGACUUAAACGACUUGGGAGGAAAAAAAUGCGAUCACUGCGGAGACAAGUUAAACGGUUUUUCUCACUGGGGUAUUUCGAUUGUCGGGGGCUGGUGUUAACACUUUCAAGAAUGUUCUCAACUACAAGGAGAGAAAAAUUCUUUAAAAAUUAUGUGGGUGUUUCCUAAUCUGCUAGUUGAAACAAUAUUCGGUAGAAAUAACGAAAUAGUUACGCAGUUUUUCAGUGAACCUUCAGGAAAAAGUCCAAAACGUUCCGUAAUUUUUAAAGAAUUUUUUUCUUCGUGUAGAAGUCAAAUUUCUAGGGUUUGAUAUUUUUUGUAACUGUCGUUAGAUGGGAAUUGCGUUACCAUGGAUUGUAUAUAUAGACACUAAUAAAGAACAAUUA